AACAACAACAACAAUAAGAGUAAUAAUAACGAGUGCGACGACUAUCCGUCGCCAAAUCUCGUGUGACGCGUACCUGCUGCUUAAACGUACAUUGCCGUUAUUCGUUAUUUGUUAUACACCGCGAGUUUUGAACGAGUUGUCAUCAUCAUCGAGCCGAGCGCGGACGAAUUAUUAUUGUUUUUAUUAUUACGCACGUAUUAAAUGUGUUAUACAAAUAAUAUUAAGCGUCAGUGUACAUCGCGACUGGGACCGCCGUGGUCGUAUACGCGCGCGUGGUGUUCUCGCGCUCGCUAACACGCCUGUCGUCGGAUCGCUGAUCGCCGUCCGUUUUUUGGCAGACGCGCCCACGUCCGAUGAGCGGUAUCAUGUGUGCACGAACUUGAUUCCGAUCGAUUGCGAUUUUUCCGUUUUCAAGUAUGUCCGAAAAUGUCAGCUCGUCAACCGUUGAAAUUAUCAAAAAAAAUGGUUACGCUGUUGAAGUGCACGAUGUCGUCACGGACGACGGUUACAUCCUGGAGUUGCAUCGCAUCCCGAGAAACAAGAGCGGGCAAGAUCCCACCAGAAACCAUCCGGUGUUCUUGCACCACGGCAUUUUGGGGAGCUCGGCUGAUUGGGUGCUCGGCGGGGCCGAUAUAUCGUUACCGAUGCAACUAUCCGACGCCGGGUACGAUGUGUGGAUGGCCAACUGCCGGGGUAACACUUAUAGCAGAAAGCACUUGUCGAUGACUUUUAAGCAAAAAGAUUUUUGGAAUUUUAGCUUACACGAAGUCGGGACGUUCGAUUUGCCAGCUUCGUUCGACUAUAUUCUAAUGAAGACCAACGCCACGCAACUUCAUUAUAUAGGUUAUUCGAUGGGCACGUCUGUGUUUUUCAUUAUGGCUUCCGAAAGACACGAAUACCAUCAAAAGAUUAGGUCACAAAUCAGUCUCGCACCGGUCGCCUACCUGUUCAACACAAGAUCGUCCGUGAGACAUAUCGCUCCGUACGCGAAGAAGAUGAAUACUAUGUAUCAAUGGGUUUCCAAUGGAAUGUUUUUGCCUCAAUCAAAAGUGCAAUCGUUUUUGGUAACUAACGCAUAUGGAGAAAAAAUCACACGGACUAUGUUUUGUCAAAAAUGCAUAUCUUAUGCUGUAUCUUCCGUGUGUGGUAGUGAAACAUAUAUUUUCGACGAUAAAUUAAUACCACUCGUCAUUGAACACUUUCCGGCAGGAACGUCGGCCAAGCUUACCACGCAUUUUUCACAGCUAAUAUUGAAAGACUGUUUUAGUCAAUACGAUUACGGCCCAAUUAUGAAUUUACAGCAUUAUAAUUCUACUGAACCUCCAACGUACAACUUGAGAUCUAUACAUGUGCCCAUUACGUUGAUAUACGGAAAAAACGAUGUAUUGACCGACUUAGAGGAUAUAAUGAGACUGAAAUCACAACUUCCAAAACUGAUGGACUUCGUUCCGAUCGACAGUCCGCGUUGCAAUCAUGUAGAUUUUUUGUGGAGCCUAGACGUGACCAAACAAGUAAACGCUAAGGUUACGGAAAUACUACAGAAGACCGACCACACGGAUUGGAAGUAUACGGGUCCUCCCGCGGGCACUUGUGCAGAUGUCUAUGGAACCGGCGACAACGACGGUCCAGUGACUAAAGAACAACAACCGAACUCGACGAACGACCAACACGAUUUAGCGAAUUUUGUACUGGUACCGGGUUACUUGUCGAGUGUAACUCCGGUGAAACAGGACGGCGACGACGACAAUUCGACGGAGCUCAUACGAGAACAGAAACUGCUGCAAAAAGUGCAGUUGUUCGGCAACUUGAUCAUGUUGUUGAAGUCUACCGAAACGAAGUACCACCGACUCCGGGACGGUUUGACCAGGGAGUUCUCGGAAUGGACUCGCAGCGCUCGAAACGUGACCGGAACUCAUCGCGUGGUAGGAAAUAACUCUACUGUUGUCACUGGACCGGAAGACACAGUCGGCUGUGCGGUCGCGGCAAAAACCGAACAAUCCGUCAUGACGUCGCAGUGCACCGGUAAAGUCGGCGACUUCGGUGAUUACAAUAAUGGUGGUCUGAACCAUAAUAUAGACGAUCGCACGGCGACGGGACGCGCACUUUACACCACAUUCAACAAUCUCGGAAGAGCGAUCAGGUUCCUGAAGUUCCGCCAUAAAUAGACUGGUAUAUCGCAAGACACCCUAGUAUAAUAUCCCUCAUACCUAUUACAAUUUGUUUGGUUUUUUUUUAAGAUUUGUAUUUACCUAUAUUGUAAAAUCUGCACCUAUAUAUAUAUACUAUACGCGUAAAUGCGUUUUAUAAAUGUUUAUUUAUAUUAUUAUGUAGAUGUGCUGCACGCGCCUGGUAGGCCUUAACAUUAUUUGUUUAUUAUGACCAGUGCUUUUAUAUAUGCAUAUACUGUAUAUAUAAUCGGACUAUGCCUGCGACCGCGCUCGUUUAAGCGUCACCGGAAGUCCGACAUAGCGUGUAAUAUAUUGUAUUGGUUUGUGUACUCCGUAAAAAGAUAAUUGUUUAAUAAUGAAAUUGUUUUGUAUUUAAUAUUAUUUUUAACGCAUACAAAUAUUAAUGAAAACGUCGUCAUAUUGAAUAUUGAUAUCCAUUUGGCACAUAUUCGUGAUAGAUAUGUAUUAAUUUAAUAUCGAAAAGUAAUGGCAUAUCAAAUAAAAACGUCGUAUCAAUAUUUAUUUUGCUAUACUCUUGUAAAUUAAACAUCUUCUUUGUUAUAAAAUACGUUUUUAUACAUUAAUCAAUAUCAAGUCUCUAAACGAAUAACCUUUAAGAAUUUUGUUUGAUAUUUAUUUGUCCAUGAGUAUCUAUAUAAGCGUGUUAAUAGUUUAGGAACAAUUGUAUACGUUUUGGUAAUCAAUAAAAGAUAAUAUAUUCUAAUCACAUAA